UAGAAACUGCCCAUCGUUCACAACAGCCCCGUACGUAAUAAAGCUCACGGGAUAGUCCAUACUUGUAUAAUUAACAAUUUAAAACAAAAAUGCGCGUGGUCAUUUUUAUUUGUGCUUUACUAACUGUGAUCAAUGGAGAGGAGCUAGAUGUACAUUACUGUGACGGUGUGGGCAGUGAGCAUUGCAUCAUCGAAAAGAUUCGUAUGACCCCAUGUUCAACGCCAAAGAAAGAGUGUAGCAUUAAAAGAAAAUUUAAUGCUAGUAUCGAAUUUGAUUUUACCCCUAAAUUCGUAGCCGAGAAUUUAGUGGCAAUUAUAGUAUGGACCAACGGACCAACGAGCGAAAUUGAAUUUCCGGGUUUUGACAAGGAUGGCUGCAAAUUUACUACCUGCCCCACUGCAGACGGUGUCACCCAGAGCCUUUUAUAUUCUUUACAUAUAGGACAAAAAGAACCAGUUGGCGCGUAUCAACUAAAAUGGAAAUUAUACGACAUAAACAACGAAUCCAACCAGUGUUGCUUUAAGUUUCGUGUCCGGGUACGCUAAAUAUUUGUAAACUAAAAAUAUUAAAUGAAUAUUAUAUGCCUAACUAAUAAAUAUUGGCGUUAAUUUU